GUACUUAUUAACCACAUCCCUGCCGGAGGACCCCACGCGUCCCACAGUCUUCAUUUGCCGAGUCAUAACUCUUUGGAGGACACAGGCUUCUUCUUUUCACGAGUAAGAAUCUUCGUGUACCUGGCGAUAGGCACAAGCGCUCACGUACCAAAGAAUGCAAAUCAGGCGUUGGCAUGAAAUGUUUGUCUAUCUAAAAUCUCCAAGGGACUGUAAAUCCACGAGGCGGGAGGCCAACGAGCCAUAAGUCGUAAACCAUCUCGUGACAUAACCUACAAACGUCUUAGGGCCACCACUCCGGCCUGCGCUAGCGUGAAGAACUCAGGUAUAGGAAGAGCAGGCAAGCGGCGCGAGAAUGCACCUGGUCGUUCUCGUAGCACUAAGAGAGUGACCUGCCAACCUGCCAGUGCAGAGAACGGCCAAUCGGAUUGGCUCGGUUGUUACUGUCUCUGUGUUCACCUGUGCAAGGUUGCUUUUAAACUCUCAGCUUUCGGUCGAGUUCAAAUACGUAACCGACUGGUAGUCUGCUACCAUUAGGACGCGUCUACGACACACACAUAUAUAUCUACAAGAAGAUUGAUUCUACCUCUGAUAGAAUAGUGUCCUCGAGGAAGCUGAAUGUCAACUACAGAAUUUUUUUAACUCAUUGAAAUUCUCAAUGUUUUCCUCUACUGUUUAGUGGAUUGAUGUGAAAAUAGGAAUAAAAUCAUAGGAUCCUUAAAAAAAAAUAGAACAAUGCUGUAUGCGAUAACGCGCUGUGGAAUUCACUGUGAACUUGAUGCUCGUGGAUAAUAAUCUUUCACACAAUCUCUUCCGUAUUGUAAGACACACGGAAAUUGACGAGGCGCAGAUUCGUCUGUUCCACGAAAGUGAGAGGGACGCUUUUCGAAGUUACACUCCCGGCCGAUCGAAAACGUCGCACGAAAUGGCUACCUCGGUACACUUUCAACUCACGGUGACCUUUCCUGGCUACGCCGUACAGUCGCCGGUAAGCGGUCGGCCCGUCUACACUGGACGGUGGAAGUGACCGCCAGUGAGGUGCCUUACUACUAGACAGAAUUUCUCCACAAUCGAUAAAGCAUCAGGUGACACGACUCUUUGGAUAUUUCUUUAACAAGGGGCAUCCGUUCAAGGUGGCUCCAAAGUAUCUCGAUACGUUACUGGCCCAGUAGAGUGGCUGUUGGUAGUUGAACUGAUGGAGUCCGGGCACAGAGACAUGGACAAAGAUCAUAGAGAGCAGCGCGAUCACGAAAAUUUGAAUGAGAACGAGGGAGAUCACACGGUGGGAAUGGAUUUUCGCGGUUUGCCACAUCAUCCUGGCAUGGAUCACAGUGGAGAUGCGGAGAUAGAGAGAGACAUGGAUAGAGACCAAAAUGAUCACGUGGACAGUCUUCACGACGUCAAGACGGAGCAUCAGCUUGGUCGUGAUUUUCGAAAUUUGGCAAACUUUCCAGGAAUGGUUCAUCUGCACAGCGGUAUAGAGCAUCUUAGCGAUGUUGACGUCGAGGUUAAACUAGGCAGGGACGUACGUGGCUCACUGGGACUGGGUCUGUCCUUGGAAUUAUGUGUGGUCUGCGGUGAUCGUGCCAGUGGAAGGCAUUAUGGUGCAAUUAGCUGCGAGGGAUGUAAAGGCUUCUUCAAACGUAGUAUCCGGAAGCAGCUGGGAUAUCAGUGCAGGGGUAGCAAGACCUGCGAGGUUACCAAGCAUCAUCGCAAUCGUUGCCAGUACUGUCGACUUCAGAAGUGCCUGGCGAUGGGUAUGCGCAGUGACUCUUGGGGUGUUGCAGCGGUUCAGCACGAGCGUAAACCAGUCCUGGGGGAUUCAGGUGGUACCAAGGUUGGAAGUCGUGGCACCAGAGUCAAGCCAGAGCCACAGCAGUCCACGCCGGAGAUACCGCCAGCCUGGGAACAACCUGAGAGUCCCAGUAUGGAGGACCAAAGUAGCGACAGCGACCUAAGUGACCCUUUGACCCUAGCAAGAGAACGUUUGCUCAUCUCACAUGCUUUGGACAGUAUGGCUAAACUCAUUGGUGAUAGCGUCAACGGCUCCGGAGAACCGGAGGAAGAAUGGACUGGUCAAUUGCUAUUCGAAAGGCACACGUUGUUCGAGUUGAGGGCGCCUAGUCCAGCACCUGCAUACUUGUCUAUACAUUAUAUUUGUGAAAGUGCCGCCAGGCUCUUGUUCUUAUCCGUACAUUGGGCCCGAGGAAUUCCUGCGUUCCAGGCAUUGCCUUCAGAAGUGCAAACCACCCUAGUUCGUAGUUCCUGGGGUCAGCUUUUUACAUUAGGUCUCGCGCAGUGCGCGUACACCUUGUCACUACCUAGUAUUUUAACUUCGAUAAUAAAUCACCUUCAAGCCAGUAUCGCACAGGAAAAGAUCACUGCUAGCAAAGUCAAAUCGGUCACGGAACACAUAUGCCGAUUACAGGACUGCGUUAGUUCACUUCAUAAACUUCAAGUCGAUGCUGCCGAGUAUGCAUACCUCAAGGCUUUGACUCUCUUCAGUGCAGAUAAUGUACUGGCCGGAGUGUGGCGGAAAAAGGUUGAAGUUCUACAAGACGCGGCGUGGAAUGAAUUGCAGCAGCGUGUCGGCUCUGACAGACUUCCGCGUCUUUUGCUAAGGCUUGCGCCAUUGCGUUCGAUCAAUCCUCGUGUCCUGGAGGACCUCUUCUUCGCAGGCCUUAUCGGCAGGGUAAGCGUAGGGAGUGUCGUGCCUUACAUUCUUACCAUGCAAGACUGCAAAACCGAACCUGAGACUCAGAUGGGGUGACAAAUGCUAUACGUACAUUGCAAGUUAUAACCUAAGAGUGCAAUGUAUGAAGAACAGCGUUGGAUGUUGAUUAAUAUUUUCAUUGAGAUAUCAUUGACUGUUACGCGAUGAUCUAGAAUGUUCGUUGGUAUUUCAUUUUCUUGUGACAGAAGUUGCGCUGAAUGGAGUUUUCAUUCUUACGACUAUCCAACUCUCUUCUCUGUUACUCUCUUAGGACUUAUAUUACAGUGCUUCUCGAGAAUGGACGUAGCCACGAGUUAUCCCGAAGGUCGAAAGGGGAAUGUAUUCUUAGGAAAUACAAUAUACGCAAAAAGGGUAAUACUUGUGAUAAAUCGUUGUAAACUUUUAAACUUGUUAUUCGGGAAGCCUUGAUAUAUACAUGUAAGGGUGUCAAACACUUCUUUUCUUUUCUUUGGGACAGUAAAGUGUCGCGUCAAAGAUUCUAGUUAUCUAUGAAGCGUCGAGUACGGGUGGUUGACGUGGUGGUAUUGACUUUUCACGAAAUUAGCGAGAAGUUUUUGUGUAACUUUUCCUUUUCUUUCUUUCUUUCUUUCUUUCUUCUCUUUCUCUCUUUGAUAUUUGGUAUUACUUAAAUGUGAACGGUGCGACAAGUAUUUUUUUUUGUUUUGUCGGACACCCGCUGGUUUUCAACUUGUUCGGACGUGACAAUAUAAAAUGUAUUUUUCUGUGAGAAGCGUGAAUACUUAAUGUAGAUUAGAAGAUUUUAAUCGUUGUACAUGCGUAUACUUAACUAAAUGUAUAUUUCAUAUUUUAUUGUUAAUUGUAGUUAUUAAUAAUUAUACGAUAAUAAUUGUUGCGAAAUGGCGUCAACUGUACACUCUGGUACUUUGUAUAGGUAUACUUUGAAAAGGAUAAUUUCUGGAUAGCUAAGUGGAAGAUAUUAUUUUAUCCGGUGCGCAGAAUUUCUGUUUCUUUUUUUUUGGGAUACAAUGUUUCAUGUCGAAUUACGAUGGUUGAUCUCUGUACAAUAUAUUUUCACAAUUCUGAAUCAACGUAUCUGAAAUGCAAGCUACUUAAUAAAUUUUUUUUAAUUUCGCGAACCAACAAAAUGUAUCUGCCACCUGCGCGUUAUUACUAAAAAAAAGUUUCUUUAAAUUUGUUAAUUAAGUGUAACCUGAUAAAAGCGAAAGAGAUAAUCAAUCGGUCACCGAAUCACAAUAAAAUCUGUUUAAAGCAGAGAAAAGAUUUCUAUCGAGAUAACAACGCAUAAUGUAAAAAUAACGAAGAUAGUUUCUCAUGAGUAUCGCGAAAUGAAUAUAUCCUCUAUUUUUGAGCUGUUGUUAAAGAAUUUGUUGGCCAAAUUUCAAAUUUAGAGACGCGAUUGUAAGGUAUUUACGCUUAAGCCUUCAAAAAAAAACCGAGACAAUCUCACACGCACAUUUAUAUGAGCUCUUAGAUAUCAUUGAAUAAUAGAAGAAAAAAACAUGUAUGUCAAAUCAAAAUGGCUGCGUGACCUUAGUUACAGCUGUGCCAAUGGAAAAUUCUAGUUCCAAUAUUUACUCUUGUAUAUCAUAGCUAAUGAUUGUUGCUUGGAAAAAGAACUGAUUCUCCUCAAGGAUACAAACAAACAAUUCAGACUCCAACAAUCUAACAGUUCACUAUUCAAUGUGCUCGUGUCGACGUUUGAUAUUGUCAUUGUCAAUUGACACCGACAGAUAUAAAUAGAAAUAUGAAUUAAGUACGAAAUACCUAAUGACAGGUAUUUAUCCAAGGGAAAACUGCAAUGUACAUAACAAAAUGUGCCUAUAUAAAAACAAAAUAUUUAUAUUGAUAAUAAUUUUAUAAUUAUUAUUAUACUAGUAUCGACAAGUAAAUAAAGUCUGAGAAUAUGAAAAA